ACCUAUAUCGCAUCAGGAGGAGCUGUCGGCACCGCGGGGAAAUGGAGACAGCUGCAGCGGAUAACGGAGCCGAUAAAGAACUUGAGGGAGUGAGAGAUGAAUUCGUCCAACGAGUGUCUGAUGCUGUGAUUAAUCAACUCUUAGAUUUAUGUUUAAAAGAUCACGUGUUCAACUAUGAAGAGAAGGAUGCAAUCCUGGAGGAGAACCGCACGCGAGCUAAUAAGGCACGCGCUCUCAUUGACUUGGUGAUCAAAAAAGGAGCCGAGACCUGCGAGAAGAUGAUUGGUUACCUGGAAAGAAAAGAUCAACAGCUUUUCAAACAGCUGGGCUUGUCCAGCGCUCAGUCAGCAGCUGACAAAAGGAAAGAAGCAGAAGAAGAAACGGCUCGCAAACGAGCCCGACAGGAGGACAAGCCAGAUGGAGUGGCUCAGAGCCAGGACUUGUCAGAGAAGCAGCUUCUGCGGGUCGCCGAGCAGCUUGGGAUGGAGUGGAAGCAGGUCGCCAUCAACUUAGGCUUGAAAUCCAAAGACUUGGAUGACCUUGAGGAAUCAGAGAAAAAUGUGACCAUGCGGAAGCAGAAAAUGCUGUUGAUGUGGAAGAGAAAAAAGAAGCCAGGAGAAGCUACAGCCAGACACCUGCAGGAGAGACUGGAGGAGAUGGACAACCUGCCUCACGAAGUUUAUGAGAUACUGCAAGGUUAAGUAUGAUGGGCGAUGUGAGGGAUGAAGCUGCUAAUUAAAUCAGCUAUGAAUUCAACAUGUGCUACGGAGGAAAGUCAACCUGCGGAUUUCAGCUCUUCGAUUUUUGUUUUCUGCAGAAGAAGCACCUGGACAAUUUUUUAAAGGGUUUUAUUGGCUCUGACCACUGCCUUUAUUUGAGAGUGGGUAGACAGGAGAGCAAUGAGAGAGAGGGGAAGACAUGCAGCAACGGUCACCAGGCUGGGAAUCGAACCUGAGACGUCCGUGUCGAGGACUACGGGCUCCAUAUGUGGGUUGGACUUUGCCCCGGUGUCACCACAGAACCCCAAUAUCUUUAUUUAAAUUUGUUCAAAUGUGAAAAUGUGCUUUCUGUAACAAGCACAGACUAAUAAAGUUGCCAGGCUCAAGAAAGAGAUGUUUGGUAAACGAGUACAGCCAAGAACAAAAUGUAAACGUGCUGCAGUGUUUGCAGCAACAGCAAAACAACUGGAAAAAUCUGGUAAAAGCUGUAGAAAAAUGUCAUUACAAAGAAAUAUGUGUGAAUGCUGAUUUAAUGACUGAAUUAAGAAUAAAUUUUCUCUCAUGUUCA